GCGACCUGGGCUCACUGCAAGCAUCGCGCACAACAACAGAAGCAUCGACAGACUCACGACUGUGCGAGUCGCAUUUCUCUCGCAGCACGCCGCUGCCCCGCUGGCGCAAUGAGCGACUCCAACAAGGAUCUCGAGGAUCUCGCAAGGUCGACGACGGAAGAUUUCUACGAGCUGCUCGGCGUCGCGUUCGAUGCCGAAGCAGCCGCUAUCAAGAAGGCGUACCGGAAAAGCUCGAUACGCUACCAUCCCGACAAGAACCCGGACGACAAGAAUGCCGCCGACCGCUUCAUUGCCCUGGGAUGGGCGCGCGACAUUCUCAUGGACGAAAAGCUCAAAGGCGAAUACGAUCGCGCACGGGCAAGGCGGCGCGAGAAGGCUCUGCAAGACGAGCUGCUGGAUGGGCGCCGGCGCAAGAUGAAGGACGAUUUGGAGCGGAGAGAGCGCGAAGGCAAGGAGUUUAUGAACAGCCUAAAAAGGAAGAGGGCUGAGGACAUGAACGAGGCUGAACGGCGCGAGCAGGAAAUACAGAGAUUGGCCGAGGAUGGCAAGAGGCGCAGGAAGGAAGCGCAGGAACGCUUGGAGAAGAGGCGUCAGGAAGAGGAAGAGGCCAGUUUCAUGGACGUUGAGAAGAGCCCCGACGCCCAGGCGGCUAGGCCGGGAGAAUCUUCUGAGAUUGAUCGCACAGUCAAGGUGCGGUUCCAAAGAGAGGGCGAUAGCAUGAGUUGGGACAAGGACAGGCUGGCCAGCAUGUUUGCGAGAUACGGCAAGGUUGACAGCGUGGUCAUGGGCAAGGACAAGAAGAUGCGACCUUCUGGGGAAAAGCACCGCAGGGUCAUGGCGGUGGCCUUCAUCGUCUACACACGUAUCGACCACGCACAUGCCGCUGUCAUGGACGGCAAGUCUGACUAUGCUUCUCUCGACUCUGUCAGCUGGGCCAAUGGCGAACCCGACGUCAAAUCACCCACAAACGGCGAUGGAUCAACGGCACCCUCGACGCCCAAGACCAAGUCUUUCCGAACGUCGGUGGGCCCAGGACUGGGUAAGGGCGCAGGCGGGACACCGCUCGGAACGCCCAAGUUCUCCUUCAGCCCCAAAACACCAAGCUUGGAAGAAGUGACCAUGAUGAGGCUGAAGCAAGCGGAAAAGAAGAGAUUGGAAGAGCAGAUACGAAAGCAGGAGGCUGCUGAAGAGUCUGGCGUAUGAUGGUGCGUGGCGCGUGGUAAUGUGUUGUUUUUGAAGAUACCCACGACAAACAUGUUGUAUAUAAUGUUGAGCCAGGUGUGCUUGUGUCUAC